GCGGAGUUCUUGAAACAGCUGCUGGAGCUGCGCAAACUGUUCUUCCCCAAGCUGGUCAGCGCCGAGCUCGGCUUGUUGUGCCUCCACUCGGUCGCACUGGUUUCCAGGACCUUCCUCUCCAUUUAUGUGGCGGCCCUCGACGGGAAGAUCGUGAAGAGCAUCGUGGAAAAAGAGCCCCGGAGCUUUGUCGUCAAGUUGGUCAAAUGGCUGAUGAUCGCCAUCCCAGCCACGUUCGUCAACAGCACCAUCCGGUACCUGGAGUGCAAGCUGGCCCUCGCCUUCCGCACGCGCCUGGUGGAUCACGCCUACGAGACCUACUUCGCCAACCAGACCUACUACCGAGUGAUCAGCAUGGACGGGCGGCUGGCCAACCCUGACCAGUCCCUCACCGAGGACAUCAUGAUGUUCUCGCAGUCGGUGGCACACCUCUAUUCCAACCUCACCAAGCCCAUCCUGGAUGUCGUGCUCACCUCCUACACCCUGAUCCGCACGGCGCGCUCCCGGGGUGCCAACCCCAUCGGGCCCACGCUGCUGGCCGGCCUCGUCGUCUACGCCACGGCCCGCGUGCUCAAAGCCUGCUCGCCCAAGUUUGGCAAGCUGGUGGCCGAGGAGGCGCACAAGAAGGGCUAUCUGCGCUUCAUGCACUCGCGCAUCAUCGCCAACGUGGAAGAGAUCGCCUUUUACCGGGGGCACAAGGUGGAAAUGAAACAACUGCAAAAAAGCUACAAAGCUUUAGCGGAUCAAAUGAAUCUCAUUUUAUCCAAACGCUUAUGGUACAUCAUGAUAGAGCAGUUCUUGAUGAAGUACGUCUGGAGUAGCUGCGGCAUGGUCAUGGUCGCUGUGCCCAUCAUCACCGCAACAGGAUUUGCAGAUGGCGGUAAUACCAUUUUACUUAUUUCCAAAUGGUUCUGUAAAGUUACAUCCUCAAAAGACUACUUUCCUUCAGUGUUGUUCGCAUUUCUUUAUUGUCAGAAAAAAAAAAAAAAAAAAUCUGAUUUGUAA